GGGCCUGCCUAAUUGCAGCUUACAUACCGGAUCAAUCAAAAAGCCCAUUCUAACCUCCAAAAUCUCUCAUCAAUCCAAAAACCCUAGCCCCUAGUGAGAGAGUUCCUCAGCCAUCUCCACAACCAUGGCAGAUGUUGAGGCAGCAGGGCAGCCAAGAAAGAGGACGUUUAAGAAGUUUAGCUACAGAGGUGUGGAUCUCGAUGCUCUUCUCGACAUGUCCACUGAUGACCUUGUCAAGCUCUUCAAUGCUCGUCCUCGCAGAAGGUUCCAGAGAGGUUUGAAGAGGAAGCCAAUGGCCUUGAUCAAGAAGCUGCGCAAGGCGAAACGUGAGGCUCCACCAGGUGAGAAGCCAGAGCCUGUCAAGACUCAUUUGAGGAACAUGAUUAUUGUUCCUGAGAUGAUUGGAAGUGUCAUUGGGAUUUAUAAUGGAAAGACAUUCAAUCAGAUUGAGGUCAAGCCUGAGAUGAUUGGCCACUAUCUGGCUGAGUUCUCAAUUUCGUACAAGCCUGUCAAGCAUGGAAGACCUGGUAUUGGUGCUACUCACUCAUCAAGGUUCAUUCCUUUGAAGUGAGAUGGGAUGUUAGGUUACUGUUGUGCAGUCUUUUGCUAGAAUUUUGAUGAAGAUCUUGGAUUAUGAAAGAGUUAAAGUUUGAAAUAACUGUACCCAGCUGAUAAAUAUCAAUGUAUUUUUUUUUUUUUUGGGUCAUGACAUUGUUGGCUUUAGACAUUCUUUUUGAAGGCUCAAUUUAAGAGGGUAUUAUGAUGCUCACAAGCCUUUUAUGCUCAA